AUGGAAGAAUCACACCAUCACCACCAAGACUGUAACACUCAAAACUCCGCCGGAGCACAAUCACCGCCCACCACUGGAACCUGCUGCAAGUGCGGCGGUCCCACAACUUUCGCACCACCGCCGGUAUCACCUGCCUUCUCAGAAAUAUCUCCACCGCCAACUUACCGUCCCAUCCGCGCUCCGGCCAUCCCACCGGACCCACACUCACAGCGUGCGAUCAUCCUUUCUCCGGUUCCACAAGCCCAACACGUCCCCGUAGCUUCGCCACCUUACCAAUUUCAAAUCCCGAUCAAACGUAUCCAAUCCCCCGACGACAUUCGCCGACUUCAAGACUCUGAGUCCGGCCAAAACUUCGUCGGAUUCGUCGUCGCGCUUUCCGAAUCCAUCCGCGGUCGUAAAAUCUCUGAUCCUUGUCACCAAUCUGAAACCAUCAACACCAUUGUCUCCAUUCUCGAAACCCUAACUCAAUGGAUCGAUGAAAUUCCACCCGCUCAACAAGCUGCACGUUACGGAAACAUUGCUUACCGAACCUGGCACGAACGCCUUGUCAAUUCCGGUGAAUCCCUCAUGUUUCGGUGCCUCCCGAAGGAUCUCCAACCAGCCGCUGUUGAACUUGUUCCAUAUUUUUCCGAUAGCUUCGGGAACUCGAGCCGAAUCGAUUACGGUACCGGACACGAGACUAAUUUUGCGGCAUGGCUGUAUUGCUUAGCGAGGUUGGGGGUGAUUAGAGAAGAGGACUACCCGGCUAUAGUAAGCAGAGUGUUUGUAAGGUAUCUUGAUUUGAUGAGAAAGUUGCAAUUGGUUUAUUGUUUGGAACCUGCAGGGUCACAUGGUGUUUGGGGGCUUGAUGAUUAUCACUUUUUGCCCUUUAUAUUUGGUUCUUCACAGUUGAUUGAUCAUAAGUAUAUGAAACCGAAAUCGAUUCAUAAUAGGGAUAUAUUGGAUAAUUUCUCAAAUGAGUAUCUUUAUCUUGCUGGUAUUAGUUUUAUUAUGAAGGUGAAGAAGGGUCAUUUUGCUGAGCAUUCACCUAUGUUGGAUGAUAUUAGUGGGGUGCCUAAUUGGAAGAAGGUUAAUAGUGGUUUGCUUAAGAUGUAUAAAGCUGAAGUCUUGGAGAAGGUUCCCAUUAUGCAGCAUUUUCUUUUUGGAUCCCUUAUUAAGUGGGAAUAA